UUAACCCCCAUGACGUUUCACUCAGAGGUCAAGGAAUAGACGAUAGGGUUAGACGUUAGGAGCUGAUUUUUUGGAUUAUCCGACCGCAACCCGGCUGUACCAUGGGCUGUACGCUCCAUGCCAUCCUCUGCUCUGGUCGCUCUUCUAUGUAUGACGUAACAUUUAUGGGACGAUACUUCUGACGUAUAAUUUCAGCGCCAUUAAGACUCACCGAGCGAGUUGCUCACAAUACAUCAUGGAAGUCCAUGGCAUGGAUGAAGAAAGAGGUUUCUGAGGGUUAUAAUGCUUUUAGCAGCAGCACAUUAAAGACAGGGAGGUUUCACAUGGAUGAGGACAUUGCAUGACGUCAGAUCCGGAACAGGUGACUCGCGUGUGCACGUGUACAGUGUUGUUGUUGGUGUGGUGCAGAGAUGACUUCAGCUAUCCUCUCAGCGAUCUCUGUCCUCACCAAACCCGUCGCUGAGUUGUCCUUGCGUGAUGCUCCAUCCUCACAGCAGGAGGCCCUCCUGGGGGCCCUGCAGGCCAACAGAGCCCUUCUCUGGGAGCAGCUGCAGACUGAGAGCAGCUUUGAGGGGGUGAGGAGGCUGAGGGAGGAGGUGAGGGCUGGUUCAGACUGGUUCUCCAGUGAUACAGAAGAUGUCCCCUGGGGCUUUGUCCAGGAGUGUCUCCUCCUGCUGCUCACCUUAGGACGACACCUGUCUGCUGAACUGGAACGGUUCAGGGAGACCCCUUCUCCAUCUGCAGCUAAACUCCGCACCCCUGAGAUGGCUCCAGCUUUACCUCCUGAUGUCCUCAGUGUCACCCAGCAGAAGACGCUUGGAGCAGCUCUUCAGUUUGUGGUUUCCUUGGGACUCUGCCCAUACUUGGCCCCUGGAGUGGGCGUGCCACUGGGUCGCAGGUCAGCGUUUGGAGCCAUGGUGGAAAAAGCUUUUCAUGCUGUUCCGGUGCCAGCCGCUGGACGCCGCCUUCUGACCACCAUGAAGGUUCUCCUGCAGCUGGCAGAGCUGUCCUGUCUCGCCACGCUGGUGUUCACUCGCCAUCUGGGGGACGUGAUGGCCGCUCUGUGCCAGCUGGGCUACCAGCCCCGGCGGGAGGAGAAGAUGCAGGACCUCAGUCCUGAGGAAUGUAAAACUUGCAAGGAGGCCCUCAAAAAGCUUCUAAGAAAAGUCUACCAGCCAAUCGUUAUCACGGAGCUGCUGAUCCUCCAGGGCGGACCCAAACAGUCUGCUGCAGUGGGAAGCUGCAGAGGAUCUGCCAGCAGGUCAGCUCCUGGAUCAGCUCCUGGAUCAGCUCCUGGAUCAGCUCCUGGAUCAGCUCCUGGAACAGCUCUGAGAUCAGCUCUGAGAUCCGCUCCGGCCUGGCUGAGGUGUCUGUGUGGUCGGCUGCUGUCUGAGCGCCUGAUGCAGCCUAAAGGGGUCCAGGCUGUAGUCAGAGCUAUCUUGGAGGGAGGAAUGGGGGGCGAGUCCGACUGGAGGAAAUGUGAAGCUGUGGCCUGGAUCCUGGUGACCCCCCCCCAGCAGUGUGCCUCAGCAGACAGCUACUUCACACACGUCUGUCCUCAGAUCCUUGACCUCCUGCACCUUAAGGACCAGCUGACGGCCCAGCAGUUCCAGCGAGUGGCCACCAGGUCUCUGCUGCUCCUGGUGCAGGAGGAGCCCGGUGCGGCCCGGCAGCACCUGCUCACUCCUCUGCUCUCACCCCUCCACCGCUGCACCCCCGCCUCCAAUGAGGGUCAAUCCCAAGCUGCUGUGGAGGAGUGUGAGCUGUCCCGGUGUGUGAGUGAUGUGUACAAGAUCUGGGUUGUUGGGAACAGUCCGUCAGCGUCCCUGCUGACAGCUCUGGAGGAGGUUCUUCCUGUUGUCUUCACACUCUUCUGUUUCACCAAGCAGAAUGUGUCCCACCUCCGCGCCCCCUGUCAGGAGAUCCUGCUGAUGUACCUGAGCCACGCUGAGGCGUCUGCAGCUCUGUCAGCCCUAAGGCAGCUCUCAGGUCUGCAUGGACAGAGGAGCGGGGGGGCAGCGGACCUGAUCUUCACCCCCGGCAGUGAUGGAGGAGCCAGGCUGAGCUGGAGAGAGCGCUGCAGUGAGGAGGACGAUGCUCUGUAUGAGAAGCUGUCCAGAGAGCAGUGGAGGCUGGAGGUUCUGAUGCAGCUGCUGAAUGAACUCAAAGACUCGGACCUGCCCGGAGACUUCUUCCUGGAGCUGCUGCAGGGGCUGGCCAGCUGUGCAGCUGCAGUGGAGGAAGAGGAGGAUGAGGAAGAGUUGGGGGUGUCGGCCAUGACUCUCCUAGAGGUGGAGCAGCAGGUGCUGGGGGCCGCUGCGAGGCGGGGCCACAGACUGGCUCUGCUGCAGGUGCUGGCUAUGAUGGUGGAGUGUGUGCAGCACACAGUGCUGCUGAGGAAACCUUCACAGGUGGUGGACUUCAUGGUGUCCCUGCUGCAGAGGGCCUGUGUUGGUCUGGAUCAGAACACAGGUCCAGGCUUGGGAAACCCAGUUGAGAGCGAUACGCUGAGUAUGGGGGUGGGUCUGCUGGCCACCCUGCUGUCUGGACCUCAGCUUAGUGCCGAGGACUACUCUUCUAUGUGGAGACUCCUCCCCCCCCUUGAGACGCUCUCUGAGAAGCACUCUGACGUCUUCAUCCAGGAGUUGGCAUCCAACCUCAGAGCUGUCAUAGCCACUCACGGUGCCUACCGGCCGGAAAACUUCUCUUCUGAGGCUCAGCGCUCCAGAAACCCUGAAACCAUGUCACAGAACAAAAGUGUGCCUUUAAUGAAAAAAGGAAAUAUGCAAACUGAAGCAACAGACUCACAGACUAGCCCUCCUCCAUCUCCCUUAAACAGUCAGCCAGCGUGCUCUGAGCCUGGAUCAGGAACAAGUCCCAGAGGUGGAGGGAGGACCUCUGGCACCAGUAAACCUGGCCCUCCGAUCAAGCCCUUUUCUGAUUUGCUGUUGGAGGCAUGUGACCCGGACGUGCCGACCCGAGCGUUCGCUCUGAGGGUCCUGACCCUGAUGGUACAGAAGCAGAACCCAGAGGCUGCCCAGGAGCAGGAGAAAGUCUUCAUGCUCUUCUUAGAAAACCUGGAGCAUGAGGACUCAUUUGUCUACCUGUCAGCAAUUCAAGGUCUGGCUGCUUUGGCUGAUUCAUACCCUGAGAGGAUUCUGGAGAGGCUUCUCAACGACUUCCAACAUGGCCCCUCACUCCCUACAUCCAUCGCUGAGCACUCCCUGGAAACCCGCCUCAAAGUGGGAGAAGUCCUGAUGAGGGCAAGUCGGGCAAUGGGGGAACUUGCGCCCCACUUCGGGCGUCCUCUGGUGGGAGUCUUCCUGCAGGGAACCAGGGACCCGGACCCUAGCGUGCGGGCCAGCAGCCUGUCUAACCUGGGGGAGCUGUGUCCUCGGCUGGACUCCGCCCUGCCAGCACUGGCCCAGGAGCUCAGCUCUUGUCUUACUGCUCUGAUAAAGACAGAGAAGGAGGCGGAAGUGAGGAGAGCUUCUGUCCAUGUCAUCACCCUGCUGCUGCGAGGCCUCAGCGACAAAACUACCCAGGUUCUCAGUGAUGUUCUGUUGGACCUGUACCGGGCUCUGAAGUGGGUGGUGCGCUCCGACCCGGAUGACGUUGCGGUGCUCCACGCUCAGCUGGCUCUGGAGGAGCUCGAUGACGUGAUGAGGAGGUUCAUCUUCCCUGAGCAGAAGCUGGAGAAGAAGAUUGUUGUCCUGCCAUAGAACUCAAAUGGUAUUUCUGCUGAACCUCAUAGUGCAUCCAUUGUUCGGAGGUAUAGAGGACUUUAUUUGUAUAUUCUCUGCUUAUAGGCAGCAGUAGUUCUGCCUCCCAGUGACUGCACCAGCAGGCCUUAAGAAAAAAGUCACCCUUUACCAUUACCGUGUUCUAUUGAAAUAGGUUACUUCUAUACAAUAAAGUUUUAAAAACAUA